UGUACAGCAUAGCUCUGCUAUUGGUGUGACUUUUUUCUGGAAAGCAGUGGGUGAACAUUGUGCAUAUUUAAAGGCAUGACUUAACCCAGUGACCACGCAGCUUUCACUGAGAGGAAAAAGAAGCUAUCCCAGAGCAUUCUGCAUGUGGGAAUAUCUUUUUUGCAGAGAAAAUGGGCCAGAAAUUAUCACAGGAACAUAACGAGAAGAACAAGGCUGACAUUCUCAUUAUAAACGAGGUGUUCAGCCAAGGAGUGGUCCAUGCAUCUCAAAAGCUGAAAGAAUACCUUGGAUUUGAAGAUCCUCAGAGCAAAUUCCGCCCAGCCAUGGAUACUUUAAAUGAGAUCUUUUUGGUUAACUUCAUCGGUUUCUGUAUUGAAAAAGGAGUGGAGGAGCGUAUCAUGACCAGCAAGAUGACAAAGCAACAGUCUUUGCUGCUUGGGAUUGACUGGAUCUGGACUUUAUCUGGAGCCGACAAACAAAUCAAUCUUCAGAUUGCCGUGCAGUCUUUGCAGAUGACUGAGCUCCUCCACGAUGAAACUGGGCCCAGCAAGGAAGCCGCGUUAGCAGGCCAGCCUUUCAAAAACAAAAGCAGGUUUGAGAAGCUGGAAGAGUUCUGCACACUGGUGGGACAAGACUGCCUGGGCCUCUUUAUAAUGUUUGGAGUGCCAGGGAAGCCUAAGGAUAUCAGAGGAGUCAUGCUAGACAGCAUCAACAAGGAGAAACGAAAAAAUCACCUGUCAAGUGAGAAUGCUCUAAGGCAAUUCGUCUUGAACACGGAUAGCUUCCUCUCCACAAAAGAAAUGCUUGAAAACUGCCUCUGUAAGAAAAACGGGCUCAAGGAGGUGGGCAAGGUGUACAUUAACUUUCUUUAAACUCCUGGUUAAUGGUAAAAGGGCUGUUUAGCCUAUCACCAAAGAAUAUCCAGUACUGGUCUUUUGAUCAUCUAGUUACUUAGUCCAGGCAGUUGAUUUUUAUAGGACCCAAGAUGAUUAACUCUAAUUUUUAAAUCAAUACUAUAUGCAUUCCAGAAAAUGUGUUUGUGCCAGAGGCUUAAUUUUAAAAAUAUUCUGUUCUUCAAAACUUUAAUACUCAACACCCAAACCUUUGAAAGAUCUUUUUAAAGAGUUGAGUUUACUACAUUUACCUAGAGAGUGGGGGCACUUCUUAAACAGAAAGUUGCUAUAAAGACCAUAUAUUUUUUUUAAUUUGGAAUGAGAGAGAAGGGCAAUGAUGCUAUGAUUUUAUAAUGCUGAGUGUAUAAUCUAAGUUGUUUAAUUAUUGCAUUAUUCAUCCUGCUUUGGCAUGGAUAUAGAUUGAAUGAUUACAAGAAGCUUUCCUAUAUGUAACUCUUUUCACUAGUAAAUAGUACUCUGUUAAUCAUUUAUUAUUGUAUUGCUGUAAUGCCUAGAAGUCCCAAAUAAAUUUGGAAUCAUACCUUGUAGAAAACACCUAGUAAGAGACAAAAUCCAAGCCCCCAAAAUCACUAAAUAGACGAGGCAGA